AUGUUUUUGAACAUACUUCCAUGCGUUACAUCACUCAGCACACGUGGAAUGACUUCGUUAACGUCUACGAAGUACUGUAAAAUUUUGGGCGAGUUUUUCAUCACAAAGCCGGUUGGGCAAAAAUUCCACCCAGAUCACACCCAAGUCGCCUAUGUCUACCCUUCAUCGGAAAUUUCAUGUCAAUCUAAUUCUUCUAUCGAAAGUUAUCGUGAAUAUGGGCGGCCGGACACACUGGUCGAUUUUAAUAGUCAAUUAGGCAUGCAGCAAUCCCGAUUCGACUCGAUUCCGAUUCUAGAAUCGAAUGGGAUUGGUUGGGAUUGGCUGGAAUUGAUCCGAGAUAGACUGAAAUAG